AACUACCCACCUUCACACAUUUAUCUACUUUCCUUGGUCUUAUACACUCCUAUAAAUUCAUCCCAUUUCACAGUUAUUUCAUAUUACACUAUUAUUUUUCCACUUCAGUCUUGCUAUUAAGCCAAACAGAUUUUUGUAAUAUUAAUACAAAUUUCCAUGGCUCAAACUACUCCUAAUCACACCCAAAUUGUUUCUGGAUGGGCUGCUCAUGAUUCUUCGGGAAAAAUUACUCCUUUUGUCUUUAAAAGAAGGGAAAAUGGAGUGAAUGAUGUGACAAUAAAAGUUCUAUACUGUGGAAUGUGUCACACAGAUUUGCACCAUGUUAGGAAUGAUUGGGGAAUCACCAUGUACCCUUGUGUCCCUGGUCAUGAAAUAACCGGAGUUAUUACAAAAGUCGGAGAGAAUGUGAGAGACUUCAAAGUCGGAGACAAAGUAGGUGUGGGUUGCUUAGCAGCUUCAUGCUUAAAGUGUGACUUUUGCAAGACUUCUCAGGAGAAUUACUGUGAUGAGAUUCAAUUCACUUACAAUGGUAUUUUUUGGGAUGGUAGUAUUACUUAUGGUGGCUACUCCAAGAUGUUAGUUGCUGAUCAAAGGUAUGUGGUUCGGGUACCGGAAAGUCUACCUAUGGAUAGUGCAGCUCCAUUGUUGUGCGCAGGGAUCACAGUAUACACACCCAUGAAAGACAGCAAUUUGCUAGAAUCAACAGGGGUACCCAAGAAAGUUGGGAUCAUUGGACUUGGUGGAUUAGGCCAUGUUGCUGUUAAGUUUGCUAAGGCAUUUGGGCACCAUGUCACCAUCAUAAGUACCUCCCCUUCUAAAGAAAAUGAAGCCAAACAACGUCUUGGUGUUGAUGAUUUUAUUGUCAGCACCCACUUCAAACAAAUGAAGGCAAAACGAAGGAGCUUGGAUUUCAUAUUGGAUACAGUAUCGGCCUACCACUCAUUAGGUCCAUAUCUUGAUUUGCUUAAAGUGGAGGGAACCCUUCACAUUGUGGGUGCUCCUGACAAGCCCAUGGAAUUGCCUUCAUUCCCUCUUAUCUUUGGGAAAAGAACAAUAAAAGGAAGCAUGACAGGAGGAAUGAAAGAAACACAAGAAAUGAUGGAUAUGUGCGGGAAGCACAACAUUACUUGCGACAUUGAAAUGGUCACUCCUGAUCAUAUCAACCAAGCUCUGGACCGUCUUGCUCGUAACGAUGUUCGCUAUCGCUUUGUCAUUGACAUCGCUGGCCAAGAGAAUGGGAGCAUUGUGUCCUAACUCAUUUGUGUCAAUGGAAGACUUGAAUAUUAUGGAUUAAGGAAUUUGGACUAAAAGUUCAUGUUUCUAGUUUAAUAUAUGUUUGCAUUUUUUUUUACAUAUUGUACUAUUAUGGAUGAGUUUAUUUAAUUAGAUUAAGAAUAUAGAGAGAUUCUAUUAUUUAUAGUAUUUUUCUUUAGCAAUGCUAGCUAAUACUUCUUCCGUUCUGAAAUAUUUGCUAUAUUUUGUUUUGGACACUAUUCAUCGUUUAAGCUUAUUUUGUAUAUUGUGGCUAAUAUGUAAGUAAAAAUAUAGUCAAGUGGGAUCUUGUUCGAAUUGUCUAAUCGUAUACUUUCAUAAUAUUAACUUUUUAUAUCAGAAGUGCAUAAAUCAACAUAUAAAAUGAACAAAAUAACACAUUAGAUUGCGUAAAAAG